GUUCCAGUUCCCGGCGGCCCUCGCGGCAGGUUCCGGACGUCUGGACUGUUCGUGAUGGCGGGGGUUGGUUCCGCCGCCCUGUCCGGGGCAGGGACGCCGGUGGCGGGGCCCACAGGCCGCGACCUCUUCGCGGAGGGACUCCUUGAGUUCCUGCGGCCGGCGGUGCAGCAGCUCGACUCCCACGUCCACGCCGUCAGGGAGAGCCAGGUGGAGCUCCGAGAGCAGAUUGACAACCUCGCUACAGAGCUGUGCCGGAUCAAUGAGGACCAGAAGGUGGCCUUGGAUCUGGAUCCCUAUGUUAAGAAGCUGCUUAAUGCCAGACGACGAGUGGUCUUGGUCAACAACAUUUUACAGAACGCCCAGGAACGACUUCGGAGGCUAAACCAUAGCGUUGCCAAGGAAACAGCCCGCAGACGGGCAAUGCUGGAUUCUGGAGUUUAUCCCCCUGGCUCCCCAAGCAAGUAACAGCACAGAAGAUGGGCAUGUGACCUGAGUAGCACAAGUAGCAUCCCCAGCUUCCUUGUCUCCAGAUUUGAGAAGAUUCUGGAAGCAAUCCCUAUAGACCUUGGAACACCAAGGCAUCCCUGGGGUUUGAGGCACUCGUUCAUGUAGGGGCCCUAAGAAACCUAUGUAUAGCAACAUUUGGACUCCCAAAGGACUUAUACUACAACUCUGCUUCCUUCCAAGAAUAAGCUAAGGCCUCUACAUGUUUCCACAGUCUGUAUAUCCCAGGCUCAACUUUUUUAGGCCUAGUUAACCAGUGGAGCAUCCUUUGUUACAUGUUUGGUUUCUCAGACCUGGGCACUGGGCAGCAUGUCUCCUGUAGCUUCUUGUUCCUUUGUUUACACCGAGAAUUCAGAAGACAGGCUCUGUCCACCCUCUUGUUGACUGCACUGGCUUGACUACAGUAGCAGUAAAGCUAGAACCAUUUAAUUCAAUAAAUGCUUAAACAGUA